CAGAGGAGAGGGAGAUCGGGCAGCUAGGGCAGUUUUAUUUUGCUUUUCUGUCUUCGAAAUUCUUUGCUCAAGAGUCCUUGGAAGUAAUAAUAUUUAGGAAUUCAAUUGGUGUUUAGGCCUCCAGAUGGAGAGAGGGAGGAAAUGAGUGGAAGAAGCUUGUGUGUGUGAGAGAAACAGAUAGAGAGGUGAGGGAGACUGGAGGCUGGAGAGGGCUCCAUUCUUGCGCUUUAUUCGGUUCAAAAUAGUGUCUUUGCUGCAACUCUGAGAAUGAGGUUACGAAUGGAAGAGUGCCCACCUUCGCUUCUUAUCAUCACCCCAUUCUCCUCUCCUGUUUUCUAGUGCCUACAUUACUUUCUCCCCCCUCAUAGCUCCGACUUUUUCCACAAAAUCCUGCAUUUGGGUUUUAACAACCCGGCUCUUGCUUCUUUUCUUAUUAGACUAUGCACCCUACUUUGAUCCUAUAAAUCCAUUACUGGGAGAGUUCCAAAAAAAAUUUUUUUUUCUUAAAUCUAGACGAUGUUCAUGGCAGUUUCUCUGUUCAUUUCUUAUGAAGAAUCCAUUAAUUAAGAGAUCAGGGGAAUAGUUCAGUGGAGAAAGAGGUGGGCCUCUUCCUUCAAGGCACUCUCUCUGUCUCUAUUUUUCAAGUCAUAAUAGGUUUGGACCCAUUUUCUCUUAUCUGUUAUUUCCCACCAGUCAAGUAAAUCCCCGAUUCCUGUCGAGGUGCUUGGGCGAAGGAAGGGGGAAAGAGGAGGGCUUUUCUCCUCAGCUGCAUGAAGGAGCUCUGCAACAAUGAGGGAUGAGAAUUCUAAGAAAAGCAAGCUCUCAUGGUCCAAGACCCUGGUUAGGAAAUGGUUCAAUAUCAAAAAUAAAGCUCAGGACUUUCAUGCUGAUGAUGUUGUUGAGAGAGGCGUAGAUGGAGAAUGGAGGACCAACUUUUCUGAGAGAGAAACAUGGACUGUUAAGAAAAGCAAGACAGAGAGAUUCUGUAAGAGGAACCCUGAUCGAGCUUGGCAAGCAAGUUUUGAUUUUGAUGAAGCUCAAGUAACUGAUACUCAGGAUUACAGAUUAUUCGUUGCAACAUGGAAUGUUGGUGGAAAAUCCCCACCAAGCCAUCUCAACCUUGAGGAAUGGUUGCAUGCCUCACCUCCAGCUGAUAUUUAUAUACUGGGGUUUCAAGAAAUCGUUCCUCUUAAUGCCGGAAACGUCCUGGGUACCGAAGACAAUGGCCCCGCGAGGAAAUGGGUUUCUCUGAUCAGAAAAACAUUGAACAACCUUCCCGGCGCGAGCGGAUAUGGGAGCUUCCACACACCUUCCCCAGUCCCCAACCCAAUUGCUGAGCUUGAUGAUGACUUCGAGGGUUCUUCGACGAGGAAGAAGAACUCAUACGUAUUUCAUCGCCAUUCCUUCCAGUCUCUAAGCCGGAGCUUAAGGAUCGACGGCGACAUCAUGGUUCCACAGCCGUCUGUAAAUCGUCGAUUCAGCGUUUGCGAUCGAGUCAUAUUCGGCGGCAGGCCGAGCGACUUCGAUCCCAACUACAAAUGGGCUUGUUCUUCCGACGAUGAGAAUGUCGGAGUAGAAUCGCCUACUACCUUCUUCUUCUCCCCCAUGUCCUACGGCUAUAGUGUUUCUGCGAGCACGGAAGACAGAGAGAGAUGUUUGGGGAGAUCAAGGAUUAAUACAAGGUACUGUCUUGUUGCGAGCAAGCAAAUGGUUGGGAUUUUCCUCACAGUGUGGGUCAGGAGUGAAAUAAGAGACGAUGUGAAAAACCUGAAGGUUUCCUGCGUUGGCAGAGGUCUUAUGGGUUAUCUUGGAAAUAAGGGUUCGAUUUCAAUCAGCAUGUCUUUGCACCAAACAACAUUCUGCUUCAUCUGUAGUCAUUUAACUUCCGGCCAGAAAGAAGGCGACGAACUUCGGAGGAAUUCAGACGUAAUGGAGAUUCUAAGAAAGACGAGAUUCCCACAAGUUAAUCAACAAGGCAACGAGAAAUCUCCUGAAACAAUCUUAGAUCAUGAUCGAGUAAUAUGGCUUGGAGAUUUGAAUUAUAGAAUCGCUCUUUCCUAUCGGUCAACGAAGGCUCUGGUUGAAAUGCACAACUGGAAAGUGCUGCUCGAAAAGGAUCAGCUGAGAAUCGAGCAAAGGUGCGGGCGUGUUUUUACUGGGUGGAAUGAAGGAAGAAUAUACUUUCCCCCGACGUACAAGUACUCGACUAACUCGGACCGUUAUGCCGGCGAUGACAUGCACCCGAAAGAGAAACGUCGGACACCGGCUUGGUGCGACCGAAUUUUAUGGUAUGGAAGAGGUCUUCAUCAGCUGGCUUAUGUUCGUGGAGAGUCGAGAUUUUCUGAUCACAGACCUGUUUACAGUAUUUUCGAUGCCAAGGUUGAGUUGAAUCGUAAUCUUGUCGGCAGGAAUACGAAUUAUGUGAGCUCAAGAGUGGCUGUGGAGGAACUCUUACCUUACUCUCAUGGAUACACUGAGUACAAUUUUUACUGAUUUGGGACUAAGGAGCUUUAUUGGUAAAAAAGAAUGUACAAAUUACUUGUUGAGAUCAAUCUGUGAGAAGUGGAAACUGAGAUUUGGACUUCUUAUGAUUUCUCUGUAGAAUUCGAGGGAGAAAGAUCUAGUAGCCACAGAGAUAAAAAAGUUUAUGAAGAUGGGCCUAAUAUGAAGCAAUAAAGUAACUCUCGCCAUACUGACCACCAUGAAUGAGUUCUAAGAAAUCUGCAACUGAGAAGAUGAUCAUACUACAUCAGCAUGUAGAGCUCUUUUCUGAGAACUGGAAGCUCAUUAGUCAUAAUUGCUAACCUAUUCUUUCUUAGCAAAUAGUUGGUAGGAGUUUUGAUUUUAUUUGUAUUUUUUUCUGGAAGCAUGGGGCAGAAGAAUCAUAGCAGAUUAAUAAAGAAGUGUAAAAAAUUUUCUUUUUGAUUUUUAUAAUUUGGAAAGGAUGAGAGAUGAGCUGCAUACAUACUUACAGCAUCAGAGAUAGGGGAAUGUAAGCAAUUUUAUAUGGUUUUUAUUCAUCUGUAAAAGGUUUUGCUACUGAUUGCAUCUCUGAAAAAGCUUUUGUUUUCAGUUUGAACUGCAGCUGCUUUAAUAUCUAGAGUGCAUAGAAAGCUACAGGCAUGACUGUUGGUCUGUGAGUUUGAUCAGAAUUGUUAAGCGUCUUGGGAAGAAAAAAAAAA